AUGUCUGACGAGGCAACCAUGGGUAACUCUGAGCUUGGCGGUGGCAGGGUGAAGGAGCUGACCCUAGGCAGCAGGUAUCAGGAGUCCUGGUACGAGCGGUUCGUGCAGCCCUGUCUGGUGGAGCUGUUGGGCUCGGCUCUCUUCAUCUUCAUCGGGUGCUUGUCGGUCAUCGAGAACGGGCCGGACACAGGGCGGCUGCAGCCCGCCCUGGCCCACGGGCUGGCCUUGGGGCUUGUCAUCGCCACGCUGGGGAACAUCAGUGGCGGGCACUUCAACCCUGCGGUGUCCCUGGCGGCCAUGCUGAUCGGAGGCCUCAACCUGCUGAUGCUCCUUCCCUACUGGAUCUCGCAGCUGUGCGGGGGGCUGAUUGGGGCCGCCCUGGCCAAGGCUGUGAGUCCGGAGGAGAGGUUCUGGAAUGCCACGGGGGCGGCCUUUGUGACGGUCCAGGAGCAUGGGCAGAUGGUGAGGGCGCUGGGGGCGGAGAUCAUCAUGACGACACUGCUGGCCCUGGCUGUGUGCAUGGGCGCCAUCAACGAGAAGACGCGAGGCCCCCUGGCCCCGUUCUCCAUCGGCUUCUCCGUCGUCGUGGAUAUCCUGGCGGGGGGUGCUGUGUCGGGAGCCUGCAUGAACCCUGCUCGUGCCUUUGGACCUGCUGUGAUAGCUAACCACUGGAGCUUCCACUGGAUCUACUGGGUGGGCCCUCUGCUGGGCGGCCUGCUUGUUGGAGUGCUCAUCAGGUUUGUCAUUGGAGAUGGGAAAACCCGCCUGAUCCUCAAGGGACGGUGA